AUGGAUGACCAGUUCUACUCCGGGUGGACUGGGUCCCCAAAUGUCCAGUACCCGGAGAAUGACACGUAUGAGGCAUUAAUGGAAAGUGUCGCGGUCAAAGAUCUCGACGAUCUGGAUCUAGAGGCGUUGCUGAUGAACGAUGUUCCUGCACUACCCACAGCCUUGCCAAGUUUCGACAGCGCAGUUGGUGGAGAUGUGGCGCAGCAGAUCGGUGGCGCAGCCACAAUGGCGGAGCCUGAGUUCGGCUCUCUUGAGCUACUCCAGCCUCAGCCUCCGCUUCCGCUUGGAAUCGCUCCUUCGGACGGCUAUCUCGGUGUCGGUGUCGCAACUCUCUCUCCAUUCCAAGCUACUGCUCCACCUUUUGGCAGUGCCUCGCCUGCUAUGGCCUAUAAUGCUCAUCCCCAAUUGCCUACAAACAACGCGAUCCAUUCAAACACCUUUAAGGACAGCACUUCACCAGAGCCCAGCGACAAUAAUGCCACGCAGGUACCCCGCGAGGGCAAGCCUCAUCGGCGAGGCUACCAAGCCUGCCAAAGAUGUCGCGAGCGCAAGGUGAAGUGUGACUUGGGCAGUGUCGAUGCGCCCAUGGACCCCCCUUGCAAGCGAUGCCUGCGCGAGCGUCUGAAUUGUGAAUUUGCGCCCACCAGAAAGAAGCAAAAGAAGUCGGAUGGCACGGCGAGAGACGUUUCUGAAACACUUGACAAUGGUGACGCCCCAACCAUAAGUGACGGCAUGUCCCCCUUCGGCCUUCCUUCUGGCUCCCGACAGUCCAGUUCUGCCUUGCCGACGACAAACGGCUUCACACGCCAAUCUUGGUCGCCUCAGAUGUCUCAGAACCCCGGAACAUCUGUCACUUCCCAACCUCGCGACGAUUCACAUCGCUCUCACAUUUCUUCCAUGUAUCCCACAUCGACCAGGAACAAGCCUGUAUCCGACGUGCAGCUGCACAGUCAGGUAGCUGCUGCAACUUUGGGCGCUCCAGUCUCGAGCACUCAAGAUAGUAUCAUGCUCUUGGUUGAUGCUGCAAACGUCUUUGAGGAUGUCGCUCCCGGUGAUAAAGAUAGCCCACUCUCUGAUCGUGGUACACGCAAAAAGACGAUGUCGAGUCUCGGCCGUGGCGGUCCUGAGGAGCCUCCUGGGGUAGGCCUGACUCCAACUGAACAAGCAGAACAAGAAGCGGGUCUGAAGACCUGGUCACAGAUGCGCUUUGUCCGCAAUGGAUGGUUCACCGCUUGGGAAGCCAUGAAAUACGUUGAAUAUUUCUACCAGAAGCUGGCCCCCAUGACCCCAGUCGUGUUCCCUGAUUUCAGAUCACCCGUCAAACAUCAUGUUCUUCUCGCUGAUGAGCCCAUUUUAGCGUUGGCUAUUCUCGCCAUUGCAUCACGUCAUAUGCGUCUUUCUGGCCAUGCCGCAAUGUCUCGGUCAUAUCAGAUCCAUGAUAAGCUCUGGACUCACCUCCGUCGCCAAGUGGAGCGGCUUCUUUGGGCCCAGGAACAAUUUGGGGGUGGCUUCUGUGGAGGUGGUAGUAAUGCGAAAAUCCGGGAGUCCAAUACAGGGCAGAUCACAUGGCAAGGCAGUCUGCGCACUUUGGGCACCAUCGAAGCUCUUCUGUUACUUACCGACUGGCAACCGCGUGCGCUGCAUUUCCCCCCGGGCGAUGACGAGAAUGGUCUUCUUGAUCACAGCCUGGUCGUGACAACCGACAUGAAUGCCCAGACAUCCGCACAACAAGAUGAACCAAGAGGCACGAGAGACUAUGACGAUCUGCCAUAUGCAAGCUGGCUUGAACCUGCGUGGAGGUCUGACAGGAUGUCGUGGAUGCUUCUUGGCCUUGCUCAAAGCCUUGCGUUUGAACUUGGUGUCUUCGAUACGAAUCACUUCUAUUGCCGCCAUCAGCAUGGCCCCGACUCUGAUUGCGCGCGAAAAAGACGAAUUCGACGCCUGGUACUCGUUUAUGUUGCGCAGACAAGCGGCAGAAUGGGUGUGCAGUCUUCGCUCAAUGUCGACGAGUGGGAAACCGACGAGAUCUGGGACAAAAGCAGCCCGAAGCAAGACCACCCGAUUGAUGUUAUGCAAGAAUGCUGGGUACAAGUAGCCAAGAUCAUGAACCAGGCCAAUCGGCAGAUUUUCUCGUCCCACCAGUUCACGAGGGAGUUGACGACCACUGGACGGUACAAAGAAGCGAUUGCCAACAUCGCCCCUCUACUGCAGCAUUGGAAAACCGAGUUUGAGAAAGUGAAAUCACACAUUCAUCCAGUCAUGCAGUGCAUCUUGCUCAUUGAAUAUGAAUAUGGUCGCCUGUACAUCAACUCACUGGGCCUCCAGAAGGUUGUGGAGUCCUGGGUCGAAGGCGGGGCGACCAUGCGCAAGGCCACCCUGCUCAGGAUUUCGGAAGAAAACAAGCCCUUCAUCGAUGAAGUCACUGAAGCAGCCCUCAACAUCCUUAGCCUCGUUAUUGACGGUAUCGCAGCCAGAGGCUUCCUCAGAGACGCGCCUGUCCGUACCUACCUUCGAAGCCUCUCGGGCAUGAUGUUCACCCUCAAGCGUUUCAGCUUAGGCACCCACGAAGGAUUGGUGCGAAAAUGUCUCCAGCAACUCGAUCAGAUCACCGAGCUUUUGUCCAAAGAAGUCGUUGAUGACGUGCACCUAGCCUCGUCAACAUCCCGACUUGUGCAAAAUAUAGUACGCAACGUGAAGCAGUCGAUGAUCCGAGUCCAGCACCCUGGUACAGGAUCUGCCGGCCCAAGCCGGGAACAGUCCCGCCCACAAUCUCCCCAUCCGCAUGGAAUUGAUGGCGACGAUCAGUCGCAACAACGGCAGAACCACCACCAGCAACAGCAACAUCUGCAUCAAGAUAGCAACUCGAUCCAACCCAAGCUUGAGUUCUACGUGAACGAUCCUCUUGCCGGCAUUCAAGCAAGACCUAUGGCAGACUUGGAUUCCCAGACAUUUGUGCCGCCCCCGAAUUUCGGUGGAGAUCAUGAUAUUGAUUUCCCCCUUCCCGAUGAUGUCAACAUGAGCUCUGCGAUGGCCGAUCUUACGGGCGAUUGGCUUGCCCUACCCCUCGACAAUCUUUGGGGAAGUGACGAAGCGAUUGUGGACCAAGGAUUUGGUGGCAUCGGUCCGACACUAGGUGGUCGCGACUUGCUUGAAGCGAUUACCAACCGAAACUACAGCCAGAUGCCGUGGGGUAGCAACACGUUUGGCUAUGGAAAUAUGUGA